CCCCAGUUUCCGGUAAAUCCCUGAGAAGAUGGAAUCCUGAGGCCCAAAUAGUUAAGCGCAUUGGUUAGAAUAAAACUACGAAAGUCCAAAAAAAUAAGGAAUAACGACAUAAAUACAAGACAGCUGGAUCGUGGGGACUCAAAGACAGACAGCGUUUAUCUCCAGCUUCUCUCCCUUCGACACCCGAUGGAGGGCUCCGACAGUUCCGAGCCAGGCGCCAGUGACCAACCAGAGGCCCAGCGCAGGCGGCAACUGGACCGGCUAGACCGGGAGGAGGCCUUCUACCAGUUUGUCAACAACCUGAGUGAGGCAGACUACCGGCUGAUGAGAGACAACAACCUGCUGGGUACCCCAGGUGAGAUCACAGCAGAGGAGUUGUUGAGUCGGCUGCAGCAGAUUAAGGAUGGACCAGAGCAGCAGCAGCCUAGCAUCAACACCAGUGAGACUGGAGAAGCUACAGGAGAACUGACAGAACCGGUGGAAGGUCCAGAGGACCCGUCUAACGGCGACACCCUCUUGGAUUGGCUGAACACCGUCAGGCGGACAGGCAACACCACCCGCAGUGGUCACCGAGGCAACCAGUCAUGGCGGGCGGUGAGCCGGACCAACCCAAACAGCGGAGACUUCCGGUUCAGUCUGGAAAUCAACGUUAACCGUAACCUGGCCGAGCAGCAGGCCCGCGCCGAGGGGGAGGCUCAGGAGGAAGGCCCAGCAGAAGCACCUGGCGAUGGGGUGGAGGCAGUGGUCGGAGUGGAGGUCCAGGCAGGGACUGAGGCAGUGGUCGGAGUGGAGGUCCAGGCAGGGACUGAGGCAGUGGUCGGAGUGGAGGUCCAGGCAGGGACUGAGGCAGGGACUGAGGCAGGGGCUGAGGCAGGGGCUGAGGCAGGGGCUGAGGCAGGGGCUGAGGCAGGGGCUGAGGCAGGGGCUGAGGCAGGGGCUGAGGCAGGGGCUGAGGCAGGGGCUGAGGCAGGGGCUGGGGCAGGGGCUGGGGCAGGGGCUGGGGCAGGGGCCGAGGUGCCCAUGGAGACAGGAGAGGUGCUGGAGGAACCAGUUGUGGAGGAGAUGGCUGUCAUAGUAGAACCAGAAGCGGAGAUGGAGCCAGAGGCUGAAGUAGAAGCUGAAAUGGUCCCAGAGUUAGUAGUAGAGGUAGUCCCACAGCCGCCCAGCCCUGUCACCGCCACCCCUCCUGUCUCCAGACCAGCCAGUCCCCUGGUGCAGGCCACCCCGGCCCCCGCCCCCCCCAGCCCGCCCUCUGAGGAGCCUCCCCGACGGGGCCAGAGACGAGCCCGCAGCCGUAGCCCCGAGCAGCGCCGGACCAGGGCUCGCACCACACGGAGCCGUUCCCCUCUCACCCUGGACCGACUGGACGGCCUCCCCCGCCACGUGCCCAAUGCCGCCCCUUCACACAGCCCCCCACCCUGCCCCCCAGGCCCCCGCAGAGGGAAGCUCACGGACUCGACAGCAUGUUCUGUCCCGGCAAAGCACUGCAGAGUACGAUGUCCAGUCAGCCGGAACAGGGUCUGGGAACACCCCAGAGCCCGUUACCACCCCACCCCAGGAGGGAGAGGUCGCGGGCGGGGAGGGAGCGCAGGACGACGUCCCCCCACCAUCAUGCUGGACCUGCAGGUGCGUCGUGUUCGUCCAGGUGAGUACCGCCAGAGGGACAGCAUUGCUAACAGAACCCGCUCACGCUCCCAGAACUCCAACAACACCUUCCUGUACGAGAGUGAGAGGGGGGGGUUCCGCAGGACCUUCUCCCGGUCCGAGCGUGCGGGUGUUCGGACGUACGUCAGCACCAUCAGGAUCCCCAUCAGGAGGAUCAGUGAUGCAGGGUUGGGAGAGGCCACCUCCAUGGCUCUGCAGACCAUGAUACGACAGAUCAUGACCGGCUUCGGAGAGCUCAGCUACUUCAUGGACUCGGACUCUGACUCCUCGGACUCAAACCGUGGCGGUGGUAACCCCACUGGCGCUGCCGACCUGGCAGAGGCGCUCAACACUCCCGACGUGGGAGUAGCCGGCAUGGCGGAGGGGGCGGAGCCUCCUGUCUCAGUGGGUGGGCCUAGUGUGGGAGGAGCCGGGGAGGCAAGGACAGAGGAGGGAGAAGAGGGGGUUGGUGUAGGUCUGGCCCCAGGGAUAGGUUUAGGGGUCGGGGGCACCCCCAGGGAGGGGCGAGGUCGCCCCCGUGCCCCCAUCAGUCUGGAGGAACCAGGGUCGCUACCCUUCCUCCGCCUUGCUCACUUCUUCCUCCUGAAUGAUGAGGAUGAGGAACAGCCCAGAGGACUCACCAAGGAGCAGAUCGACAACCUCUCCACCAGGAACUUUGGGGAGAGUGAUGCUCUGAAGACCUGCAGUGUGUGUAUCACAGAGUAUGCUGAGGGGAACAAGUUGAGGAAGUUGCCUUGUUCUCAUGAAUACCAUGUUCACUGUAUCGACCGCUGGCUGUCUGAGAACUCCACCUGUCCUAUCUGCCGCAGGGCCGUGUUGGUGUCUGCUAACCGGGAGAGUGUGGUCUAACCUGGAGAGCUGGAGGUCAGGGGUCAGCGGUGCUCCAGGCAGACAGUAUAUAACAACGUGUCAGUUCUGCAGGCCUUUCUCCUAGUCAGACCAUUUACAUUGUUCAUGUUUUCAUUCUUAAGACAUCACUGACUUUUAUCCAACUGACAUGCUGGUGUUUGGACAGACAGACGAGACGGAGACAGAAGGAAGGUGGUGUCCUCAUAGUGUAGUAAGAGACAUGAGAGAUGCCACUGUCCCAUUGGCCAACAGACCCCACUCUCCCUUGCCUACUCUGAUAGGACCAACAGACCUCACUCUCCCUUACCUACUCUGAUAGGACCAAUAGACCCCACUCUCCCUUACCUACUCUGGGAGGACCAAUAGACCCCACUCUCCCUUACCUACUCUGAGACCCCACUCUCCCUUACCUACUCUGGUAGGACCAACAGACCCCACUCUCCCUUACCUACUCUUAGACCCCACUCUCCCUUACCUACUCUGAUAGGACCAACAGACCUCACUCUCCCUUACCUACUCUGGGAGGACCAAUAGACCCCACUCUCCCUUACCUACUCGGAUAGGACCAAUAGACCCCACUCUCCCUUACCUACUCUGGGAGGACCAAUAGACCCCACUCUCCCCUACCUACUCUGGGAGGACCAAUAGACCCCACUCUCCCUUACCUACUCUGAUAGGACCAAUAGACCCCACUCUCCCUUACCUACUCUGGUAGGACCAACAGACCCCACUCUCCCUUACCUACUCUGGGAGGACCAAUAGACCCCACUCUCCCUUACGUACUCUGAUAGGACCAAUAGACCCCACUCUCCCUUACCUACUCUGGUAGGACCAACAGACCCCACUCUCCCUUACCUACUCUGAGACCCCACUCUCCCUUACCUACUCUGAGACCCCACUCUCCCUUACCUACUCUGGGAGGACCAAUAGACCCCACUCUCCCUUACCUACUCUGGUAGGACCAACAGACCCCACUCUCCCUUACCUACUCUGAGACCCCACUGUCCCUUACCUACUCUGGGAGGACCAAUAGACCCCACUCUCCCUUACCUACUCUGGGAGGACCAAUAGACCCCACUCUCCCUUACCUACUCUGGUAGGACCAACAGACCCCACUCUCCCUUACCUACUCUGGGAGGACCAACAGACCCCACUCUCCCUUACCUACUCUGAUAGGACCAACAGACCCCACUCUCCCUUACCUACUCUGAGACCCCACUCUCCCUUACCUACUCUGAGACCCCACUCUCCCUUACCUACUCUGAGACCCCACUCUCCCUUACCUACUCUGAGACCCCACUCUCCCUUACCUACUCUGAGACCCCACUCUCCCUUACCUACUCUGAGACCCCACUCUCCCUUACCUACUCUGAGACCCCACUCUCCCUUACCUACUCUGAGACCCCACUCUCCCUUACCUACUCUGAGACCCCACUCUCCCUUACCUACUCUGAGACCCCACUCUCCCUUACCUACUCUGAGACCCCACUCUCCCUUACCUACUCUGAGAGGACCAACAGACCCCACUCUCCCUUACCUACUCUGAUAGGACCAAUAAGACCCCACUCUCCCUUACCUACUCUGAUAGGACCAACAGACCUCACUCUCCCUUACCUAAUCUGAGACCCCACUCUCCCUUACCUAAUCUGAGACCCCACUCUCCCUUACCUAAUCUGAGACCCCACUCUCCCUUACCUACUCUGGGAGGACCAACAGACCCCACUCUCCCUUACCUACUCUGAUAGGACCAACAGACCCCACUCUCCCUUACCUACUCUUGAGACCCCACUCUCCCUUACCUACUCUGAGACCCCACUCUCCCUUACCUACUCUGAGACCCCACUCUCCCUUACCUACUCUGGGAGGACCAACAGACCCCACUCUCCCUUACCUACUCUGGGAGGACCAACAGACCCCACUCUCCCUUACCUACUCUGGUAGGACCAACAGACCCCACUCUCCCUUACCUACUCUGGUAGGACCAACAGACUCCACUCUCCCCUACCUGUCUUACCCCAAAAGGGACUCCACUGUCCCCACCUGACCCUGCUCUCCACCUGAAAGACUGCAUUUAUCAAUACUCUGAAACGGCUCACAGACUGUCAGUGUGUCAAAGCUUUGCUGAAUUAGUUUUUAAGUUAAAACUGUAGAAUGUUGUACAGGCGUUAAUGGGGAGAACGAGAGGUGACGGACUUGGAUUCCGUUGGGAAUUCUAUCAGUUUAUUUGGACUCGUGUUGCAUCAUAGUCAGGACAUCGGAAUCAAUAGUACUGAUUAUUGAUUAUGAAUUGUGUUGAACUGUCGUUGAGAUGGGAUGUAGGUAUCUGUUAACUGAUGCUAGUCUGUAGUCUAACUCUAGCCCAUCACAUGAAGCAUUUUCUAUUUCUGCCCUCUGACAGUGUUUCAUCAUGACAUCUCAGAGUAGUGAUCUAGCAUCAGUCCAUCACUGUUAAUCUAGGAUCAGUGGCGGUCUAGGAUCGCUGGCGGUCUAGGAUCGCUGGCGGUCUAGGAUCGCUGGCGGUCUAGGAUCGCUGGCGGUCUAGGAUCGCUGGCGGUCUAGGAUCGCUGGCGGUCUAGGAUCGCUGGCGGUCUAGGAUCGCUGGCGGUCUAGGAUCGCUGGCGGUCUAGGAUCGCUGGCGGUCUAGGAUCGCUGGCGGUCUAGGAUCGCUGGCGGUCUCAUUAAACCUAAGUAGCCCAACUGAUCGUAGAUCAUCACUCCUAUUCUGGGACACUUUGUGGAUAUGGGUCCUGAAGGAUAACGACAAGCUCCUAUUGAUCCUGACCUUGUAAUGUCACCAUGACAACCUAUUGAUUCUGCUACAGUAUGACCAGAAAGUGAACAGAGGGCUGCAUUAUGGCUCUGUCUCAAAUACCACCCUAUCUCUAUAUAGUGCACUACCCAUAGGACUCUGGUCAGAAGUACUGCUCUAUAUAGGGAAUAGUGACAUUUGGGAAUCACAUUUAUUAUGAGUUCCAAGUGUUGGUUAGACCCUGGCCAGGCUGCUGCCUCUGUCCUGUGUUUUGGCCUAGAACUUCAACUACCAAGAGACAUCUUCAUAUCUGGAACACCAGUGCAAUAACUACAGUGGGAAAACUGAGACAGAAAAUAGGGAAAACAAAAUGUAAUAUUCUCAACUUGUAUAUUAUUAUUUCUAAAAUAUUGUAGACUGAAUAUUCCCAGUUAAAAUGAAGACUUUGUUCCCUUUUAAAAAUGUGUUAAUCUUUUUAUUUUCUAGAGCUGGGUUCUUUGUGUACAUUCUGAUAGCGCUCUCUCUUGUGGAGCGGUGGGCCUGUAGGAUGCUGUAUGUUGGGUGUUCCAUGCCACGAUGACAUCACAUUCUAUAGGUUCCAUGUGUUCUCACGGUUGCCGUCAUUACCUCCUCCCUGUACAAAUAAAGUUUUGGGUGGUUGAA